AUGAAUUCCAUGCUGCCCACUGUAGUGAUACUCCUGUUGGCCCAGAUGUCGCAGGCUCUUCCUCACCUUUACCACAGGGGCUGGCUACAGCUGCUGCAAGAAGGAGAUGGCUGUGGGGUGUGCCAGCGAGAUCUAUGACCCGAACCCCAUGGCUGUUCUGGGACAGUGCUGGAUGUGUGUGACUGCUGCCCUGAGUGUGGAAAUGCUGAGGGGCAAAUCUGCGAUCUCGAUAACACCAACUACUUCUAUGGAAGGUGUGGAGAAAAUCUGGAGUGUCUUCUUGACAGCUGCGGCACCUUGUUUGGAGAGAUCCUCGAACCCCAGUGCACCUGCCGAUCCCAGGAAAGUGUGUGUGGAUCCAAUGGAAAGACCUACAGCAACAUCUGUAGUUUCAAGGAAGCAUCUUACAGGAACGAAGAAAGCACUCUCAGUCUGGCACAUUUGGGACCCUGUGAGACAGUUCCCUGGAUCACCAGCCCUCCUCGUGAUGUGCACAAUAUUACAGGCAAUGAUAUCAUCUUUGGCUGUGAGGUGUUAGCAUAUCCCAUGGCCCUGGUGGAAUGGAGAAAGAGAGGGAAUGAGAACUUCCUUCCUGGGGAUGAUGCGCAUAUCUCUAUGCAGGUACAAGGUGGGCCAGAGCGAUAUGGUAUCACAGGAUGGUUGCAGAUUCAAGGGCUGAAGAAGUCUGAUGAGGGGGUCUAUAUCUGUUACACAAGGAACAAGUAUGGAGAAGUAUUCGCAUCAGCAUGUUUGAGUGUCUAUGAUCCUGACUCACCAAAAGCAAUGCAAAUGAGUUUGAAAAGACAAGUUAGAAAAUAUAUCAGAAAUGAAGAGGAAGAUGAAAAUGAUGACUUUCAGAUCUCGGGUGACGACGAGUACUAA